AUGUGGCCGAUGUUGGUCGUGCUCGCGUCAGCCGCGGUGAGCGCUGCCGUCUUCACGAACCAGUUCGCCGUAAGGAUCCCCUCAGGAGAUCCGGCCUCAUUGGCUGCCAAGCAUGGCUUCCUCUAUCUCGGCCAGGAUUUUUUAAUUGAGCUUCGAUAUCACAAGCCGGGCAGCACGCUGACAGACCCAACAGUACGGCCAUAA